AUGUUCGAAGCUGCUAAGUCAAGGCCUCCCUCGCCGGGUGAUGAAGAGAAUAAGAAAGUCCUUUCUGACUACAUGUCAGAGAUUGCUGAAAAGCUCACAAUGAAGUCAGACUUAUUGAGAGAAAACAAUGCGGCUGUGAACAAUUGGCCUGACGAACGGUUCUUCUCCAAGAAAGACUCAACUCUUAAGAAAAAUACUGCUUUCGUAAAGAAGAUUCGAAACUUAACAGAAAGCUCUAAAGAAUCGCUCCUAAAGGAUUUUGAGGGGCUGAAUUUGUCAAAGUACGUAGCAGAGGUGGCCACCGCCAUAACAGAGCCCAAAGUGAAGAUGACAGACAUUCCAUUUAUGCUACAACUUUGCUCGCUCAUGCACCGUCGGUAUUCUGAUUUUUCCAGUCUUCUUUUGGACGCUUGGAAGAAGGUAUUCUCACAGCAGAAGACGGAGAAAGCUCAAAACCUCUCUAAAUUGCGUGUCGAUUUGGUUCUCUUUGCCGACUCAAUCACGGUUGGCGUUCUACCCGAGAAUGACAGUGUUCGGCUCCUCGCACUCCAACUUACUCAACUCACUAACGGGGAUAAGAACUUUGUAAACAUUGGUAUUGUCUCUAGCUUCGUCAAGGCCUGUGGUGACGACUGGGCCGGUCUCAUCCCUCGAAAAUACACGACUCUUGCAAAGAAGUACGGUGCCACUAUACGGCGUUCGGCGUUUCUCCCGAAGGAGCGGAAGACCAAGUGUCGCGGUCUCUUCCAUGACUACUACACAGCAGCACUGGAGCGUCUGACGGGCAUGGCAAAGGAGGCACGCCGAGUUAUUGCCUCCAACCGCCACCAGAUGUUCACUAAGGGCGAGGUCCACCCGGAGCGUCAUGAGAAGGAGAUGCAGCUAGUGGCGACUUGCAAGAAGUUCCACGAGGCAGUAUCUAUUCUUGCUGACGUUGUGGAUAAGGAGGCACCACCUGCUAUGGAAACACUUGUUGCAGUUGAGGAGGAUGAGAAUAAUGGGUUGAAGACGGAAGGUCAGCUACAUGUCUCUGAGGGUGGUGACGCUGACAACUCGUCUCUAUUCGAGGAUGAGGACACGCGAUUAUUCUACGAAAGCCUGCAGGACAUUCGUGCCAUGAUCCCUGCUAUUUUGUACAAAGAAAGCGAGCAGUCCACUUCGAAGAUGGCACAGCUCAAAAAGGAUGAUCCUGCUUCUGCAGAUGAAUCCUCUAACGAUGAAAUCGACGUGGAAAAGGUGGAGAGUGAAUUGGCACAGGCAGAAGAGGAGGCAGAGGAGGAUAUUAUCUGCCCAAAAACUCUCGAGGCUGGCCAGGAAGGUGGGGGAUUGUCGUCAACCUCCGCCAAUGGUAGCGCCGCAUCCUCAACCUCUACAGGGCAAAAGUCUGUAGACAAGUUUUCCCCGGAGACACGUGAAGAAGAGGGCCCACCAAGUGCGAAGAUGAUGAUGGACACUUUCCUCACUCAACUUCCCAAAUGCGUCAAUCGCGACCUCAUUGAUCGGGCAGCGUACGACUUUUGCGUGAACCUAAACAAGAAGCCGAAUCGCCGGCGGCUGGCUAAUGCGCUGGCCUCGGUGCCACGCACACGUUACGACCUCCUGCCCUUCUACGCACGCUUUGUAGCCACUCUUAAUCCAGUAAUGCCUGAUCUCAGCCAGGACCUCAAUAACGCUCUGCUCCAGGAGUUUCGCUGGCACCUGCAUAAGAAGGACCAGGUUAAUUUGGAGUCCAAACUGAAGACCGUCCGCUUCAUUGGAGAGUUGGUGAAGUUCCGCGUCUUCCCAGCGGACGAGGCACUGAACUGCGUGAAGCGCUUGCUGCCCAACUUUGUGCAUCACCAGAUCGACAUGGCCUGCGGGUUGCUGGACACCUGCGGCCGCUUCCUUUACCGUUCGCCGGCCACUCAUCGGCGCACGCAAAUCUACCUGGAGAUCAUGCUGCGCAAGAAGAAUGCCCUUCACAUGGAUGCGCGCUACUCUCUUAUGAUUGAAAACACCUUUUUCUUCUGUGAUCCACCCAAAAAUGCCACAAAUUUCGGGCAGGUGGAACUGACUCCAUUGCAGCGUUUCCUAAGGCAGUUGCUUUGGCGCGACUUGAAUCGCAAUUCCGUAAACUCCGUGCUCAAAAUCCUACGAAAGAUGGACUGGAAUGACGCACUGCUGGUCUCUUUCAUGAAAGAUCUCUUCACCAGUAGUUGGCAGGUGCGCUUCCAGUAUAUCGGCUGCCUAGCCAGCGUCCUCUCGGGCCUCUCACUUUACCACAAAGACUUUGCUGUUGCUGUUGUCGACAAUGUCAUUGAAGACGUGCGUGUUGGCAUGGAGAGAAAUGAUCAAACAAUGAACCAACGGCGACUGAGCACAGUGAAGUACCUUGGUCUGCUCUACAACUACAAACUUAUUGAAUCGCCGGUCAUAUUCACAACUCUCUACUCGCUCAUUACCUUUGGUGUCAGCCUGGACUGUCUCAAUCCAAGUCUAAUCGACCCACCCACCUCGCUGGCGCGCAUUCCCCUAGUUUGCAUCCUGUUGGAUACUUGUGGGUCCUACUUCGACCGAGGCAGCCGACGCAAGAAACUCAACAUAUUUGUCGUCUAUUUUCAGCGUUACUACUGGUCCAAGCGAAUGCAUCCCAUAUUCACACCUCCCAAGUGGGCGGCCACCAACAGUAUUACAGAACAGCGAGAGAAGCAAGAAGGAGAACCACAUUCACCUACUACUACCAUAGCCACGGGUGGGGAUCAGUUGCCGCCGGAGCUGGAGCAUUUUGAACGAAUUCCCUUCCCCGACGCUGUGGAGCAGCAGUUUGAGGAGACACUGUGUCACCUACAAAUGAAACCCUCCACAAUCCGAAGUCUGGAGGAGGCGGAAGCUCUGGUGCAGAGCGUAGAGAGGCGCUACACUCAGCGCAUGAUUCAACUCAUGCAGUCCUAUGGUCUCAGUACACACAAGGGGUCUUCUCGUACUGGGGUAAUGGAGACCAUAUCGGAGGAAGUCACAUUACCGUCAGCCCGUCAUGCAAAUGAUUACGCAACAUCGCCCUGCAACCCAACUGUGGAUUUGAAUUUCUGUGCUUUUAUCGUCCUGUUAGACGAUCUCAAACUGGACGAGGAUGAUUCAGACGAUGAAGAGGAGUUUUUCAAAGGUGAAAAUGGGGCUGGUACCAACUCCAGGCAGCGUAAUGGAAAGAUGGGUGAAGAAAGUGGCAGUGAGUCAGCUGGUGAUGAUGAUGAAGAUGAAGAUACGGUCACUUUGGCGCCGGAUGAGGACUCUGAUGAGAUCGGUGUUGACGAAGAGAAUGAGGAUAAUGAAGAUGGCGAGGACGACGCAGAAGAGGAAGAAGGGGAGGAGGACGAGAUGGUACGACUUGGUCUACGACCCAAGUACAUGAAGUGUCCUGAGGACGAUGAGUUUGUGGCAGAGCUGGAGCGAAUGACCGCAGAGGCGAUAAUGCCUGGUGCCGGGGUUCCUGCUGGCCCCGCGGCCACCGUCACCUCCACCGCCAUCCCCGGCACAGCCUCCCUAUUGCCCUCGUUGGAGAGCCUUGGGGUGGGCGCCGCUGCUGCCCGCAAGGCCGCUGCUCGCUCUGCCGCUGCGCAGACCCAGUCAACGGCGGAGAACAUAAUCGCGGCACUGGAGUCCACGACCCCGCGCAUUCCUACUGCGCCUCUCAACAGUGAUCUCACGGGCAGCAUGCCAACAACCCCCAAGGACCAGGUAGAGCCACCAUCAGUUGUCCAAUUCAGUCUGGUGGUACGGCGACCAGGAGGUGGCGGAUCUGGCGGUAAUAGUUGUGUUGGUGGGGGUGCCAGUCGGCCCCGCUUGGUACCAUUAACGGUGCCUCGGUCCGUUCCAUUCGCUGCACGUCUGCUUCGCAUUGAAGCCGAGGAGCGGGAGGAGAAGGCGCGACUUAAAGAACGAGUUCUCGAGAUGCAUAAAGCCCAGAAGGAAGCCGAUGAGACCAACUGCCUCAACUCCGAUCUCCUGGCCCAAAUACCUUCGAAUGUAAACCGUGACCGAUGGUUGAAGUACAAUCAUCCCAAACGGGCUCCGGAUGCUGAGGCUGUUUUUGGAACCUCCAGUGUCUCCCUACCUCCACCACCUUCGUAUGUCAACUACCGAACCUUCCGUCGGUGA